CAGGCCCAUUUUAAAAUUUUCUGUUUCCAUCGGAGUCGUGCUGCUGCCUGACUGAUAUCGAUCUAUACCGAGAGAAGGGAAGGAAGUUGCACAGACAGACAGAGAGACAGACGAUGCCGACGGAAACGAAAAUGACCAAGUUUCUUCAAUCCUAUGGAUAUGAUCUGAUUCUGGGAGCUAUAGCUGCAAUUUAUGUGCUCAUGGCUCCAUACACUAAGGUGGAAGAGAGCUUCAACGUACAGUCAAUGCACGACAUUCUUUUCCAUCGCCAUCGUUUGGACUCUUAUGAUCAUUUGGAAUUCCCCGGUGUUGUCCCUCGAACUUUUAUUGGAGCCUUCAUAGUCUCUUUUUUUGCAUCACCCCUUGUCUCCAUUAUCACCUGCCUUGGCUUCCCCAAGAUUUAUAGCCUUGUUGCAGCUCGUUUGGUGCUUGGCUGCAUUAUUUUAUCUACACUAAGGUUUUUCCGGAUUCAGGUAUGA